AUGAGGAUUGACUUUUAUGCAGAACCUGGGUAAGUUCUUUGAUUUUUUUGUUUGUUCUUGAUUUAGAUAGAUGUAGAAAAACCUUCUGAUUACAGAUAUACUAAUGUUUUUAUUAGCUUUGAAGAUACAAAACGGUUUCGAAGAGUUUAAAAGGAAUCCUGGUUGUCUAAUAUAACGUCGGAUAAACUUUAUGUUCAAACAAUGUUAAAAAACUUCAGUGUCUUUCAACCGAUCGUUUUAACUUGACCAUGUUGUUGUUCAUUUUUUAAAAUCAUAUCAUUCACAUCACUUUACUUUAAAACAUCUAUUUUCAGCGCAACGCCAGAGAAGUUGUUAGUGGAAGUGCAAGGAACGAUUCAUCCACCAGUAGAUCCAAUUGGAAAGAGCGUUUUCUUUCUGUAUUGGCAGAGUCCAACUACAGCUAUUUGCUUGAUUGAUCACCACAUGAUGGAGGGAUCUUUGAAGACGCUGGAGCAGCCCUAUCUUGUCGUUGACACAAAAUCAACCACCAAACAAUCUGAAGGGAUGUAUAAAUGUCGAAUUGCUUUUGUUAUUAGGAAGAAAAUGUCUUUUAAGUCUCGGCCUAAACCUAUUAUGUGUUAACUAUUGGUAGUUGGCGUGAAUUAUCAGUGAGAGAUCGAUUUAUCUUCAAUAUUUCACAAUGUUGUCAAGUGUAAUAUAUUUUUUUGCAGUUUGAUGUGUAAAUUUGUACAAAUAAACUAUAUAUAAUGAUUUAGCAGCAUCAGAAGAUUCUUUUGUAGUUUUUUCAGCUUGAUUAAUAUUUUUCUUUGCAAAUUUUUAUUUUUUUAUAUUGAAAGUGAGUUUUUAUGCAAAUUUUCGCAUGAAAGUAAAUUUUUCAACGUUUUUCAUUUCAAUCGGUUUGACUUUUGUAAAAAUGUUGAAGAAACUGUUGUCUUGGUGUAUUUUUAAGCCGUUUUGGUUUAUGUCGAAGUGUUGUUUUCGAUUUAGGAGCAAACUAAACGACUGUGGUAUUCAUCCAUCGUGGGUUUUUAUCGGAACACUUUUGUUUGUGAUUUACGUGGUAAGUUUAUUAUUUUUCUGUGGUAGAUAGGAGCUACGAUUAGUUCAGAAAUUUUAUUUGCGAAACCAUAUUUUCACUUUUUAAAUGAUUUUUCAAUGUGAACAUACUCUUUUUCCUAUAUUAUUCAUGCUUUUUCGGCCUAAAACGGGUUUUUGUGAAAAAAAUGUAGAUAAAUUUUGGUAUUUCAGCCUUUCUUCGCCGUGGUUUUUACUUGGACAUACUCAACUGCAUACAAGAUAUACGUUGGAAUCCCAUUCUUUGUCAUUUCUGUUUUGGCAUUUUCAUCCUUAACCUACACCUUGUUACUGCCGUAUCCCGAGCUUCCAGACAAACUGAAGCUUGAUCCAGACUUUUUUGAAUGGUCACAAGAGGAAAAGUAUGAAUUUGUCAAGAAAAGGGUUGAAGAAAUUGGCGCUAAUUGGGCUCAUAUGUAAGUUAUGGUAUUUUUUUAGUUAUGGCACUUAAGGUUUAGUCUAUAUCAAUAUAUUUUAUGCUAUAUUUUGAAAAUUUGAGCAUUUUUCGUGAAAAGAUUGUUUUGUUUGACGGUUUCUUUAUAAAAUGUCAUUAUCAAAAUUUAAAAUUGGUAUUUAAAAAAUUAUGUUAUGCACCAUGGUGAAUAUAAAUUUAUGUAUAUUUCAGCCGCGCGGUAUGUGGAACAUGUAAGAUUAUAAAAACUGAAAGAACUCAUCAUUGUGCCAUUUGUGACAUAUGUACGCCAAGGUUGGAUCAUCAUUGUUGUAGUUUGGGUAAGUAGAAGUUGAUGUAGACAUACUAUAAUAUUAGACGAGUUAUGGUGAAAAAUUAAACUUUUUGUGUUUUUGACUUUUUAAAAUUAUAAAAUGAAAUUAAAACAAUUUUUUUUGACUUUGAUAACUUUCCCAAAAUUUUUAACUUUCCAGACCGCUGUAUUCACUACGGUAACCAAAAGACGUUCAUCUUGUUCUUUGUCUACCUUCUGGCCUUCCUAUACCUCUACUUUGCCGCCAACAUACCAUUGAUGAAGAGUUUUGGCGAAGAAUACGCAAAACAUUCGGACAAAGGUGAAGUAUCAUGGCCAUUAUACUUAAUAGUGUGGAUUCUCGUCCCAGGACCAAGACUUUCUGGUAUGGUGCAGAUUUACUUUGGAAUUGUACAAAUUGCAGUUCUUGUGGUAAGGUUUUACAAUGAAUUUGUUUACAUAAAGUGAGCUAGAAGGAACUUUGUUUAUAAGUUUUUAAAUGGCAAAAACUUUGUUUACAAAACGAAAAAUGGCUAGGGCUUUCUUUACAGAAGGAAAAACGGCAAUAACUUUUUUUACAUAACAAAAAAUGGUUACAACUUUCUUGACAAGACAAAAAGAGCAAGAACUUUUUUUACAGAAUGUAAAAUGGCGAUAAAUUUCUUUACAAAAUAUAAAAUGGCAAUAACUUUGUUUACAAAACAAGAAAUGGCAAAAACUUUCUUGACAAAACAAAAAAAAAGCAAAAACUUUCUUUACAGAGCAUGGUUUUUAGUUUUCAGAUUCUCUGCGUGUUCAGUGUAGUCUCCUGUGCGUAUAUCUACUACGCGGUCUACUGUAACUGCACCAUCGCCGCCUGUAACCAAGCAGUGGACUUGAUCAAGCAAUUUCCAUUUUUCAAAAUGAAUGACACAUAUCAAGUCUGCUUCAAAAAGAAUGGCAUUAUCGCGAACUUUGAAGUUAUUUUUGGCCCGUUCGGAUUUGGAUGGCUGUAUCCCUGGCAGACGAAUGAAGACGGAUGGAUUCAUGAGUGUAGCUGCGAACAGAAUUGGGAUGGUAAGAUGAUUAGCAUCAGAACGGGUACGCAAUACAACGAUGACAUUUCGGAUGAAAAUGAAAGUGAAGAUGAGGAUUCGGAAGACAUGGAGGAUCGUGAAGUUUCUGAAGGCACUGCAGAACGUGGAGAAGCAGGAGGAUUGAAAGAAGGUAAUUAUGAAUACGUAGAAGGUCGUGGAGAAUUAGACUCGAAAGAAAGUGAUUCUGAAGACGGAAAACAUGGUAACGAUUCGGAAGAAACAAAAGAUAGUGAUGAAAUGAAAGAAAAGGAAUCAGAAGACACGCAGGAUCGUGGAGAAUCAAAAGACUCGAAUGAAGGUGCUUUUGAUAGCGAACAAAAUUGUGGAUAUUCAGAAGGCGCUCUGGAUGGUAAACAGCCAGAAGUUCAGACGGAAAAUGAAGCUGAAACCUUCAAGAAUUGGUGA